GAGAGAAGCCAUCCCCCAUUCCAGCUGAGUUAAAAGAGAAAACACUGAGAUUGUUUUCAUUUUGUGGAGACGACUGCACACACUUAACCAUGCCAUCUGAAAAGCCGAUACUUUACAGUUAUUUCCGAAGUUCCUGUUCUUGGAGAGUGCGAAUCGCACUGGCUCUGAAAGGAAUUUCCUAUGACCUGGUCCCAGUGAACCUCAUUAAGGAUGGAGGGCAGCAGUUUUCUGCUGAAUUCAAGGCACUGAAUCCAAUGCAGCAAGUCCCAGCCUUGAAAAUUGAUGGCAUCACCCUUUCUCAGUCACUAGCCAUAAUUAAUUAUCUGGAAGAGACACAUCCUAACCCCAGGCUUCUGCCCCAAGAUCCAAAGAAGAGAGCCCAAGUCAGAAUGAUCGCUGAUCAUAUUGUCUCUGGCAUCCAACCGCUCCAGAACCUGAGUGUCCUGAARCAAAUGGGGGAGAAAAAAAUGGAGUGGGCCCAGAACUGUAUCGCAUCUGGCUUUCAAGCACUGGAGCAGAUUCUGCAGCACACUGCUGGACGCUACUGUGUGGGGGAUGAAGUUUCCAUGGCUGAUCUKUGUUUAGCACCUCAAGUUGCCAAUGCUGAAAGAUUCAAAGUGGACAUGGGUCCAUAUCCCACAAUAACCAGAAUAAAUAAAGCUCUCUUGGAGUUAGAGGCCUUCAAAAUAAGCCACCCUUCCCGGCAGCCAGAUACUCCUGCAGAGCUGCGAGCCUGAAGCCUUUCUAGUCAUUAAAUCUAGAAAGCUGGCAUGGUAGCAUGGUAGAGAAGACAACACCUGCAGUUUGAGUAGGACUUCAGCACCAGAAGGAAUGCCUGGUACUAAUGUCUCCCUUUCAUCUGGAUGGGAAGAAGGACAGAGGACGUGGAAAUAGUAUGGAUGGCUUACAGGAGCUAUGCCUAUGCUGGAAUGCCUACAGCUACAAUUUUUUUCUAUCUCCAUGAAGCAGAUUAAAGCAAAAGUAUCCAUAAUGA